AUGACAACCCUCUUCAAGGAUUACAGCAAGGGCAGCAAUGACUUGCUUACCAAGAACUUUUCCAGCUGCGGCGCGUGGAAGGUCGAGAGCAAGAGCAAGGCCCCCAAAGGCACGUAUGCCCUCACGACCACCUCCAACACCCACGGUGACGUGAAGUUGGAUAUCGAGGGGCUGACGGGCGACGGCGCCUAUUAUGGCAAGCUCUGCUUCACGUCGAAGGACCUCACCGACAUCCAGCUCACCGUCCGCGCCGAGGACCUCGAUAACCACCGCGUGGAGGCCAUCAUUGGCCACAAGGGCCCGGCGGUGUGCGAUAUAUCGGUGGAGGUCAACCACCAGACGGUAAGGCCGAUAGCGGGGGGCUGCCUGAGCGUCAACGAAAAGUUUACGCAGAAGGCCGUGGAGUUGGCGCUCAGCAUGGCCGCCGUUGACGGCGUUCAGGUCGGCUGCGGCACCAAGUAUGACCUCAAGUCGAAGACAAUCGACUGGACGGCGGGGUGCCGCAUGGAGGCCAAGAACGGUCUUGUGAUGACGGCGCAGACGAACCGGUCGCUCGACGUCACGGCGAGCAUGAUUUCCAAGGCCGCACUGCACCCAAAGUUCCAGCCGUGCGUGGCAGCCACCGUGACGAUGAACCCGCAAUCGAUGACAUGGGACGGCUCCGUGGCACUGGAGUGGGGUUGUCAGGUGAUUCUCGGCAACGCGGCCAAGAUUCGCUUCAGCAAGAACCUCGACUGGGUCGCCUCGUACAUCGCCAACCUGCGCGACGGCUGGACGGUGGUGCUGUCGAUGGACAAGACCAUGAGGGCGGGUCUGACGCUCACUCGCAACUGA